GCCAGCCGGCAAGAUGGCGGCGUCUGGAGCUGGCCGUCUGCGGCGGGCGGCGUCGGCGCUGCUGCUCCGGAGUCCGCGCCUGCCCGCCCGGGAGCUGUCAGCCCCAGCCCGGCUCUAUCAUAAGAAGGUUGUGGAUCACUAUGAGAACCCCAGGAACGUCGGGUCUCUUGACAAGACAUCUAAAAACGUUGGAACCGGGUUGGUGGGUGCACCUGCGUGUGGCGAUGUCAUGAAAUUACAGAUUCAAGUGGAUGAAAAGGGGAAGAUUGUGGAUGCAAGGUUUAAGACAUUCGGCUGUGGGUCUGCAAUUGCCUCCAGCUCCCUAGCCACGGAGUGGGUGAAAGGGAAGACGGUGGAGGAAGCCUUGACCAUCAAAAACACAGACAUCGCCAAGGAGCUCUGCCUUCCGCCCGUGAAACUGCACUGCUCCAUGCUUGCGGAAGAUGCCAUCAAGGCCGCCCUGGCAGAUUACAAACUGAAGCAAGAGCCGAAGAAGGAAGACACAGAGAAGCAGUGAGCCGUGUGCGCGGCUCCGGUCCCCAGUCACCGCAGGGCUUGCCCGCCGUGUGCACGCUUCGGCGCCCAGCCUCCCCCGCACUACGACAGCUCCAAGACCCACACCGUGUUCACCAAUCCUGAAAUAUACCCUUUCUUCCCAACCUCUGGUUUCUUCCAGCUCACUUUCGCUGCCUUAAUGCAGUUAAUAUGUAUUUUGGCCUCAGAGCUAAAGUCAGACUGCAGUGCUGAGUUCUGAAGCCCACUGAGUGCGUGAAGGCGUGCAGUUACCUAAGUCUGGUCUGGGGAGGAGCACUGGUGGAAUGCCUUGGUUUGCUUAUUUGAUAGACUAAUUGUACAUAAAAGAGAUAUGCACAUAUAUUAUAAUAAAAGAAUGUAAGACAA